UUUUUUUUUUUUUUUGCUGAUUGGCAACACCUGCGCGCGUUGAUAGGUGGCGUUACGUUCGCGAUCUUCUCGACCAGGCGGCUGUCAGCAGUCUCUCUCUAACUUUUGGUUGUUAUUUUUUUCUUCUUCUACUACUUUUUGAUGGAGAAACAAAUGCUCCAGUCAACUACCGUCCAUUGUUUUCGAGCUCUUUUGUUGCUGCUAUUGGUCACCUGCAGCUCCCCACCGGUUAGAUCUUCUCCGGCCGCUUCUAAUGCGCUGCAUAACCUGGGAGGACUCACCCAUCCCUACAGCAGCAUUUUCUCUCCAUUGCUCAAAGCCCUGUCAGAGCACGGGGAAACGAGGUGGGACCCAGGCCUAAGGAAGAGAAUUAAACCCGAGCACAGAUACAUCAAAUAUUUGACGGAUGUCUACAAGAAGUCUCCCAGAUCGCAGAGAAAGGUUGACGGAGAUAGAGUCUACAACACCAUCCGACUGAUUAAGCCACAGGAUGAAUGUCUUGAGCAAAGCGAUACAGAAAGUUUUACACAGGAUUUGUCCUACAACCUCGAACAAAUAAAAGGGAAAGAACAUCUUCUUAAGUCGGCUUUGCUGUAUAGGUUUGACAGUGCCCACUCAGCACCCAUUAACUCUGUGUGCUACCUGAGUAUCCACGAGCGCGAGCAGUCAAACCAGUGCCAGCUGUGUCCCGGAGUCUACCACGCCAUGAACUUCACAACCAAAGCAGACAGGAGGAGGACCUGGGUUGAGGUUGACAUUACCUCAUUUCUUCAGCCACUCACAACGUUUCAGAAGAAGAAUGUACACCUGCUCGUCAACAUCUCCUGCCCAGAGGAGCAAAGAACAAGGAGCAAUGGUCGCAGAGAUCUGUUGGAGUUCUCUCUGAGAUCCCCUCCUCUCAUUCUUUAUCUCAAUGACACAAGCAAAAUCACCCACCAGAGGUCGCCAGUCAGUGCCAACGAGGACCAAAGGCCACCAAACAGAUUUCAAAGGCGUGGUGAAACAAGGAGAUGGAAGAGGGAAUCUCCAAAGAGUAAAGGAGGCCAUAAAAAUCUUGAUGUCAAGCUGCCUGAGAUUCUGUUGAAUUCUGAAAUCCCAACAAGCGAAUGUGCCUUGUAUGAUUUCAGGGUGAAAUUCAGUCAGCUUGAUCUUGAUCACGUAAUUGUUCAUCCACCAAAGUACAACCCCAGGUACUGCAGGGGCAUUUGCACGACCACCAUGGGCUACAUCUAUGGUUCACCUCGACAUGCCAUGGUGCAAAGCUACAUCUUUGAGAACAUAGAUUCCUCUGUGCCCAGACCCUCAUGUGUCCCUUCCCACUACAGGCCCCUCAGUGUCAUUAUAUCGAGUAAGGAUGGCUCCCUGCACAUGAAGGACAUUGAAAUGGUUGCCACUAGGUGCACAUGUCGUUAAGUCAUCAUCCAAAGAAGUCUGAGAGAAGUCAUAGCUGUUGAAUUUUUUCCACAUACCAAAUGUACAGACCAGAUUCAGUGAUUUCAUGUAUUUAAAAA